AUGAGUGACACUACGCAUCCUGUUUAUGUUGAUAGGAUUCACCAUUUAAUAGCACUUAACAUUGGUACAGAAAGUGAGAAGAAUGAAUGGUCAAAAGAUGUAAUUGAUUAUAUGAGUAGGAUACAAUGUUUCAAAACUCCAUAUUUAAAUGAUUUCCUUGAAAAGUAUGAUAGAGCAAAAGAUGUUAAUGAUUUAGUGAAAACUAGUAUGAGAUGUGAAGAUGAAUGGAAGGAAAAAGUUAUUUCACAUGAUUAUAAUGGAGCAAUUUCUUUAUUGGAAAGUCGUUUUUCAAAUUCUACUUCAAUUUAUAGAAAAUUUGAACUAAUUGCUGAACUAUAUUUAUUAGAUAAAAAAUUCAUGCAAGUUGAAGAACUCGAAUAUAGAGUAUGCUGUUCAAUUAUUAAUUAUGAUGAAAUACAGAAAGAAGAGUUUGAUUCCUAUAGAAAAAUAAGGCUUAUAUUAUUAGCAUCCUACUGGCACCAAGGUCGUUUUUCAGAUUGUAGUAUAACGUUUUUUAAAUUUAUAGAAGAAGAUCAAGGUUUUCUGACAUUUAUCUCAGAAAUUGAAGAUGUUAAAGCAGCCGAAUGUAAGACACUAUUAUUAAAAGAAGAGAUUAUAAUGUAUGUCGUUAUAUCAACGAUUGUAUACAUCCCAAUUAAUAAGUAUGAUGUCUUUUUAUAUUUGGAAGAUAUUAAUGAACUUUUCAAAGUGUUCCCAUUGCUCAGGACAUGUUUACAAUUACUAGUGAAAACUAGAUUUAAUGAAUUCCUUAAAAUUUGGAAUUCUAACAUUAAAGAAAUAUUUGAAUCCUCAGUUUUUUUAUAUAAUUCCUGGCAUAGUGUUGAUUUUAUUAUGACUUCCAAAUUAUUAUUUUUCUAUUUAAGAAUGUCAAAUCAGAUAACAAUCAACUACCUUUCAGAAACUUUGGGACUAGAGUACGGUAUUGUACGAGAACAAUUGACACAACUUAUUGAAGCCGGGAAAUUGAAUUUUGAAAUAACUGGUGAUGACGUUAUAUUCAAACCUAGACAUCAUUUUGAAGAUAUUAUUCUCGAGUUAAAUAAAAAUUAUGAGGACAUAAAUGACAUACUCAAAAAACGUAACGAGAAAACAGGGUCGGUGAAACAAUCUAUUCAAGACAUUAUCUCUGAUAAUUAUAAUAGCACACUUAGUAACACAACAACUAAUGAUCAUUAA